AUGGAGAUGGAGAAUCCCCAAACCCUAGCGCCCCGGUCAGCAGAUCCCAUUGCGAGAGAUUCACCCAUUCCGCUCGCGGAAAAGAGUAACCUGCGCGCUGGAAGGAUGUGCACUAGAUCUCCCUGCAAAUUCUCCCAUUGCAACCCCAGUUUCCGACACGCCGAAGAGAUAUCAGCGUCAAAGAAGAGGCUCAUGAUAGCCGCCAUCCUCUCCACCACCUUCAUGUGCAUUGAAGUCUACGGUGGCAUCAUAGCCAACAGCCUCGCGGUCCUCAUUGACGCGGCUCGUCUUCUCUCAAACAUCGCGGCAUAUGCUAUCUCUCUUAUCUCCCUCCAGGCAGUUGGAUGGACCGCCACACCGCGUCUGUCCUAUGGAUACUUCCGAGUGGAGAUCCUGGGAGCUCUGUUUUCUGUACAGCUCGUAUGGCUCCUAGCAGGUAUUCUCUUUUAUGAAGCCAUUGACAGAAUCAUAAACUACAGAGGAGAGGUACAAGGCUUCAUAAUGUUCUCCGUUGCUGCCUUCGGACUCGUAGCCAACUCCCUCGUAGCAGCUCUUCUGAGUCACGAUGGCCAUGGUCGUCGCCUCACUGAUGACCUCAGACCCAUUGACUGUCAUGGCGGCGACGUAGAGGAACCACUUGUAAAGCAUGCCGAAGUGAGGAACGUCAACCCAGGCAACGGCUACCUCCAUGCGCUUGGAGAGUCGAUCCAGACGGUCGGAGUGAUGAUCUCCGGGGCCUUCUUGUGGUGGAAGCCCGAAUGGAAGAUAAUCGAUCCUGUAUGUACGCUCGUCUUCUCUGCGGUCGCUCUUGUGAACUCUGUGAAGAUGGUGAGGAAAAUAGUUGAUGUUCUCAUGGAGUCAUCUCCGGGGGAGAUUGACGUGAAGAGGCUCGAGAAAGGCCUGUGUGAACUGGAUGGCGUGGUUUCCGUUCAUGAGGUACACGUGUGGGCGAUCACCUUGGGGAAGGUGGUACUCACGUGCCAUGUCAGCGUAACCCUAGAGGCCGAUGCUGACGAUGUGCUUCGCAAGGUGGUAGAGUACAUACGGAAGGAAUACGGCAUCCUGCAUAUCACCGUGCAGAUCGAGCGCCGUUAG